AUGCAGAGUGGCAUGAUGUAUUUUCUAUAUAGAAUUCAAGCAAAAAUAGCAACAUGGGAGCGCGAUUCUCAUGAACUCUACGACUAUAACACAAACGAAAUAAUAAACACCACAAUCACUACCAGUAACCCAUGCUAUUUAUUACGUAAUGGAAACGAACUUCAAUUUUCUCAGUCUUUAAUGCUCCCUCCUAGCACCCAUGCAAUGAAAUAUGAUUCAAAAAUAUAUACGCUCGAAAGUAAUUUUAAAAUAGAAAAUAUAGCGAUUUCACCUGUAGAUGCAGUAGAUGGGAAAAAACUGGAAAGAAAUCGAUAUGAAAAACUAUGGCUUGUUGUCAAUGCACUGAAGCCAGCAAAUGGAGUAAAAGGCUAUAAACUAGCUGAAGGUGACGUAAUUAGGCUUGGAAGACUGAAGUUUAGAGUUAAAGAAUUAAAAGGAACGCCUAGUCCAGGACUGGAAGGGUUCAGCAUGCACGACAUGAUGAGCAUCAAUGACGGCAGUGACGAGUUACAAGAAAGCCCGAGCAGUCGAAUGUUCAAACUUCCAUGCAAAAUCUGCUUACUCCAUCCUUUAAAUUUAAAUAAAAAAACUGGUUUCAAUUAAAACAAAUUGUCAAAGGCAAAUUUAUAAAUAUAGAUUUAAAAUGAAAACUUUGUUUAAGUCGUAUUUUUAGUCAUUUUGUAUUUAAAUCAAACAAAUUAUAUGUAAAUUCCGAGAUCAGAGACAUAGAUUGGGGGUAUUUAAGGUAUUUGGAUAAAAACUAUUAUUUUUAUCUGAAAGGAUAAUGCAAAGAAGGUUAAUUUACCCAAUGGAAAUAUUAAAGACAGGAUAUUCCAAUUAAAGAGGAGAGUUAAGCGAAGCUAACGAAAUUGACAAUCCUUUAAUAGCUCCAUGCAUGUGUGCUGGAACUAUGAAAUACAUCCAUAUCAAAUGCCUGCAGCAAUUUUUAAGAUCAAAACUUUCAAGCAGAUCCACCGACUCCACCAUCUCAUUUUCAUGGAAAAAGUUGUGCUGCGAUUUAUGCAAAAAAGCUUACCCUUAUAAGAUCGUCAUAAAUAAACAAAUAAUUGAGCUUGUAGAAAUCCCAAAGCCACCAGGCCAAUACAUCAUUAUAGAGUGCUUAUGCAAAGACAAAAACUCUAAUAAAGGGCUUCAUGUGAUAAGUUUCUGUAAUAAGAGCUUUGUGAAAAUGGGAAGAGGCCAAGACUGUGAGCUGAGAGCGAAUGAUAUUUCAGUUUCAAGGCUGCAUGCCGUCAUUAAAUUUGAUAAAGGGAGUUUUUAUCUGCAGGAUAAAGGAGGGAAGUAUGGGACACUCAUACAAAUAAAAAGACCAAUUAUAUUGGACACGAAUUUAGUUUUCCAAUGUGGGAGAUCACUGGUGAAAUUUAAUAUCAAGAAGCAGUGGAGCUUAAUUCCUUCAUGCUUUAGGGUUUCUUAUAAUUUUGAUUCUUUUGCAAGACCUUACCCGUCAAGUCAUUUGCCACUACUUCCGAUGAAUACUGGGAUUCCUUUAAGUGUGAAUGACCCUUACGAGUUGCUUGCAAGAGCUGGGCUAACGCAUGGCCUACCAGAGGAUUAUAAGACACAUAAUAACUUAUUGUUCGAGCAUAAACAGCUAGGGCUGAAUAGCUCGUAUGAAGGAGAAGAUGAUGAUCCAAUGGAUAAUGAGUCCAUUGAAGAAGUGCAGAUGGCAGAACUGUCAGAUGUAGAAUCUGGAAAUGAAGCGACAAAUCGCUAUGAUGUCUCGAUGUAG